CAAAAAGUUUCCAAACUGACGAAAACUUCAAAGUCUCCUCUCUCCCUCUCUCCUUAAACUCAAAAUAAAAAACCAAAGACAUCAUGGUUUCCACACCUCGUUCCCGCGUGAAUCCCCAAAACAAAACUCUCUGAAACUCUCUCUCUCUCUCUCUCUCAAGUGACGAUUAUGCCCUCGGCUACGGACCCAAAGUACCGUCGCGGCGGCCCACGCGUCCCCCUCCUCCCGUCCCAGAAAUGCUCGGCGGAGGAGGAGCUCCGGGAGGGAGGCUUCGACGGCGCGUCGUUUUCAGGGGCGGUGUUCAAUCUCUCGACGACGGUCAUCGGAGCCGGUAUCAUGGCGCUUCCGGCUACUAUGAAGCAACUGGGGCUAAUACCGGGUCUGGUCAUGAUCGUGUUGGGCGCCGCGUUGACUGAAUCUUCCAUUGAAAUGAUCCUGAGGUUCAGUCGGGCCUCCAAGUCCGCCACGUAUUCGGGUCUGGUAUCCGACGCAUUCGGUGGGCCCGGUCGGACUUUAUUGCAACUUUGCAUUGUUGUCAAUAACUUGGGCAUGCUCGUUGUCUACAUGAUCAUCAUCGGUGAUGUGUUAUCAGGGACAUGGUCAGAUGGGGUGCAGCAUUCAGGUGUGGUGGAAGAAUGGUUUGGACAGCAUUGGUGGACCACACGCUCCUCCUUACUGCUUCUCACAACACUCUUUGUUUUUGCUCCUCUCAUUUCAUUCAAGCGCGUUGAUUCUUUGAGAUACACUUCAGCUUUGUCAGUGGGCUUGGCUAUUGUAUUUGUGGCCAUCACUGCUGGAGUUGCAGUUGUUAAGUUGAUAGAUGGAAGCAUUGAAAUGCCUCGUUUGAUGCCUGAACUUGUCGAUCAGGCUUCAUUUUGGAAGCUUUUCACAACUAUUCCCGUUCUAGUCACUGCCUAUAUCUGCCACCAUAAUAUUCAUCCUAUAGAGAAUGAACUGAAAGAUCCCUCCCAAAUGAAGUCGAUAGUCCGAAUGUCGCUAGCAUUGUGCUCAUCUGUUUACAUUGCUACCAGCUUCUUUGGAUUUCUUCUUUUUGGGGAUCAGACACUUGAUGAUGUACUCACCAAUUUCGAUGGUGAUCUUGGAAUUCCAUAUAGCUCAUUACUGGAUGACGUGGUUAGGGUGAGCUAUGGCAUCCACCUGAUGCUUGUUUUUCCAAUUGUGUUUUUCUCACUUCGCCUCAACCUAGAUGGUCUUCUUUUUCCCUAUGCCAUUCCGAUUGCAUUUGACAACCGGAGAUUCUUCUCAUUAACUUCAGCUCUCAUGGGUUUUAUCUUUGUGGGAGCCAACUUUGUGCCUAGCAUUUGGGAUGCCUUUCAGUUCACUGGUGCAACAGCUGCCAUUUCAGUUGGAUUCAUCUUUCCAGCUGCAAUCACACUUAGAGACACUCAUGGAAUUGCAACAAAGAAUGACAGGCUAGUCUCAUGGGUGAUGAUCUUUUUAGCUGUCUCAUCAAGCAGUGCGGCCAUCUGCAGUGACAUUUACGGCAUCUUCAGUAGUGAGAAAGAUGUUGGAGGCUAACCUAAUGAAGCAUGCAACCAUGCGGUCCUCGUGCAAAUCCCCACCCUGAAAAGCAUGCUGGGUUUGGGGUCUCUUGAUUUAUCAAAAGAGAAGCACUGAACUGUUCAAAAAUAGCAAUGCUCUCCUACGCUUUCAAUAACUGGGGCCUCAGUUUUGGAAAGUAAUGUAGGUGACCAUGAUGCUUACAUUUUAUAGUAUUACAUUAAGUGAAAUGUAUAUUUGGACUAUUUUGUGUCAAUUGUCACUCUGUGCUGGCUUAUUAAUUUUGGAUUUGCUGAAGUUGUGGUAUUCCAGAUUAAAGAGCCUAACAAGUGGAAUGUUUAGAGUGGUUUGUAACUUUUACUAAACAACUAUUCUUUAAUGUGUAGAAAGUAGAAACCAUAAGGUUCGAGGGAUGUAUUUUUAGUAACAAAAAUCUGGAGGAUAUUUUUCAAACUUCAAAAGAUUUACUUGUUACUUCUGAGA